UGUGGGCAGAGCGAGAUCUGAGGACUCCUGGGAUGCGUCACUUCCGCCCUCAUCCUCAGGCCCCUGUGGAAGGGGCGGGGGCGCGGCGAAGGCGCUCUGCUUGUGCGACAUUUCCGGUGAGCCCAGCGGCGACAACGGCAACAUGGCCCUGAACGGCGCUGAAGUCGACGAUUUCUCCUGGGAGCCCCCGACUGAGGCGGAGACGAAGGUGCUGCAGGCGCGACGGGAGCGACAGGAUCGCAUCUCCCGGCUCAUGGGCGACUACCUGCUGCGCGGUUACCGCAUGCUGGGCGAGACGUGCGCGGACUGUGGGACGAUCCUUCUCCAAGACAAACAGCGGAAAAUCUACUGCGUAGCUUGUCAGGAGCUCGACUCAGACGUGGAUAAAGAUAAUCCGGCUCUGAAUGCCCAGGCUGCCCUCUCCCAAGCUCGGGAACACCAGCUAUCCUCUGCCACAGAGCUGCCCUCUGGCCCUAGGCCCACACCUCAGCCCCCAGUACCACGACCGGAGCAUUGUGAGGGAGCUGCAGCAGGGCUCAAGGCAGCCCAGGGGCCACCUACUCCUGCUACUGCUCCAAGUGCAGAUGUGGUGACUUGCACACAGGCAGCCCUCCUGCAGAAGCUCACAUGGGCCUCAGCUGAGCUGGGCUCUAGCACUUCCCUGGAGACUAGCAUUCAGCUGUGUGGCCUUAUCCGGGCCUGUGCUGAGGCCCUGCGCAGCCUGAAGCAGCUGCAGCACUAAGACCCAGCCCAGCCCAGCCCAGCCCAGCCCACCCCCGAAAAACCCUCUAGAAAAGUCGAUGUUCCUGUGUGUUUUUUUUUUUU